AUGGCCAAGGACGGGAUAGAACGGCCCAAGACUUCAUUCAAUACCCUAAAGCGGCAAAAACUAUUCACCAAUCCGCCCAAGGACAAGAGCGCUUAUCCUGAGCUUCUUAAGGCGACAAGGCCUCAUACAGACUCCUUCGAUGCAUUGUUCGACGGGCCUCAGGGCGGAAUACUAGAAUUGGCGUGCAAAGAUAUCGGAACCACCGUCAUCUUUGACAGGAAGGACGAAUCCCUCAACAAUGGGCUCGGCAACAAGCUCAUCCUUAAAGUGGACGAUGUGACUUGCGCCAAGCCCAUGAUUGAUCGGCGCGACAGGGAUGCUCUCAAUCGAGAGAUCAUGCCGACUGAAGCUAGAGAACGACUCAUUACUUACCGUGCACGACUCGGCUUCAGGCUGAGCUACCGAGUCAACGACAACAAGGCCUGGACGUCCAUCACAGUCGAUGCUGGACAACUGCCCGUCAUGGUGCGCUCUUCGCGUUGUCACUUGCAUAAUCUCUCGCCGUACGACCUGAUGCGCGCCAAGGAGGAGACGGAGGAGAUGGGUGGUUACUUUAUUGUGAAUGGUAAUGAGAAGCUCAUCCGCAUGUUGAUUCUGCCACGACGCAACCAUGUCAUUUCACUGGUCCGCAAUUCCUUCAUGAACCGCGGAUCGAGCUAUUCAGAAUUUGGUACGCAGAUUCGAUGCGUGCGGCCGGACCAAACAUCGCAGACCAACACCGUACACUAUUUGCAAGAUGGCCAAUGCAUGCUGCGAUUCUCAUGGCAAAAGAAUGAGUACUUGGUGCCCAUCAUGAUGAUCUUCAAAGCUCUCGUUGAGGUCAGUGAUCGUGACAUCUUCGAAGCACUUGUUGGGAAGGAGACGAGCAACACAUUCUUGACGGACCGUGUUGAAUUGCUCUUGCGUAAUUACAAGAGUUACAAAAUGAGCAAACGGCAAGAAACUCUGGACUUUUUGGGUGGCAAGUUUAGGAUUGUCAUGAAUGCGCCAGAGGACGAGUCAGAUGGUGAUGUUGGCAAGCGUGUGCUCAAUAGGAUUGUGCUUGUCCACCUCAAAGACAAUAAGGACAAGUUCAGGAUGCUUGUGUUCAUGGUGCGCAAGCUAUACAGUCUUGUUUCAGGCGAUUCAGCACCCGACAAUCCAGACUCGCCUGCUCACCAGGAAAUCAUGCUUGGUGGAUUUCUAUAUGGUCAAAUCAUCAAGGAGAAGCUCGAAGACUGUCUUCGUGGUAUUCGUGCCCAAAUUGGCAUUGACUUGCGUCGCGCUGCAUCAGCCCCGCACGUCAAGUUUGAGGACCCAAAGUAUAUCGCCAAGACCGUUGCCAAGGUCAAUACUGAUAUUGGCACGAAGCUUGCAUACUUCUUGUCAACAGGCAAUCUAGUCUCCAACACGGGUCUUGACUUGCAGCAAACCACCGGGUACGUUGUGGUUGCUGAGAAGCUCAACUUUUACAGAUAUCUCAGUCAUUUCCGCAUGGUCCACAGAGGAUCCUUUUUUGCAGAGCUCAAGACUACUACCGUUCGAAAACUACUGCCAGAAGCAUGGGGAUUCUUGUGUCCGGUACACACCCCUGAUGGAUCGCCCUGUGGUUUGCUCAACCAUCUUGCACACAAGUGUCAGAUUGUCACAACAGCUUGCGAUACCUCCAAACUGCCUGAGCUUCUCCUUUCACUUGGCGUGGACGAUGCGUCCAAGGUCUCUGGCGGCGGUGCAGGACGCUCAAGUGUACAAGUCGAUGGACGCAUCAUUGGCUCUCUAUCACAUGGGAAAGCAGAAAAGCUUGCCAUAAAAUUACGUGAUCUCAAAGUCACGAGAGAUGCACGGCUACCCCUUGACCUCGAAAUUGGCUUGGUUCCACCGUCCAAGGGCGGUCAGUACCCUGGCUUGUACCUUUUUGGUGGUGUUGCGCGUAUGAUGCGACCAGUCAAAUACUUGAAAGUCAAGAGCGGCAGUCCUCAUGAGGAUCUUGUCGGUAGUUUCGAACAAGUAUACAUGGAUAUUGCGUGUAUGCCUUCAGAUGUCAUUGACAAGGUCACAACGCAUAUUGAGCAUACACCAACAAAUAUGCUGAGUAUCAUUGCCAACUUGACGCCCUUCUCCAACUUCAACCAAAGUCCAAGAAACAUGUAUCAAUGCCAAAUGGGCAAGCAGACGAUGGGCACGCCAUCUACGACACUUCGUCACCGAACAGAUAACAAGUUGUAUCGGAUACAAACGCCACAAACACCCAUUGUACGUCCUGCAUUGCACGACACGUAUGGCUUUGACAAUUUUCCCAAUGGAACGAAUGCCAUUGUUGCCGUCAUUUCAUAUACAGGAUACGACAUGGAAGAUGCCAUGAUUCUCAACAAGUCUUCACAUGAGCGUGGAUUUGGGUAUGGUACGAUUUACAAAUCGGAAAAGGUAGACCUGAAGGAGAAGCUGCGCAAGGGCGAGUCGAACCACUUGCACUUUGGCUUCGGCAAUAGCACUAAACCUCGCAAGUGUGAUAACCAUCUCGAUGAUGACGGAUAUCCCUUCAUUGGUGCAAAGCUCAGCGAGGGUGAUCCUCUGGCAGCCUACUUUGACGAUGUCACUGGUAAAUGCACUGUGGUUGAGUACCACGGUUCCGAAAUGGCAAUUGUCGACGAAUGCCGUAUUCUCGGCAACGACGCUGGUGACUCUGAAUGCCAAGUCCUACAAAUCCAAUUGCGCGUCACACGUUCGCCCAUUAUCGGUGACAAGUUCUCCUCCAGACACGGUCAAAAGGGUGUGUGCUCGCAAAAGUGGCCUUCUAUUGAUAUGCCCUUCUCAGAGUCUGGCAUGCAACCAGACGUCAUCAUCAACCCACACGCCUUUCCCUCGCGCAUGACGAUUGGUAUGUUUGUUGAGUCGAUGGCUGCGAAAGCUGGCGCGUUGCGUGGACAUGCGCAGGAUGCAACGCCAUUCACAUUCGACGAGGAACACACAGCUGCAGACUUCUUCGGCAAUCAGCUCGUCAAGCAAGGCUUCAACUUUCACGGCAAUGAACCCAUGUACUCGGGUGUGACUGGACAAGAGUUCAAGGCGGACAUCUAUAUUGGUGUGGUGUACUACCAGCGCUUGCGACACAUGGUCAGCGACAAGGUCCAAGUCCGUACAACCGGUCCAGUCAACCCGCUCACGCACCAGCCCGUCAAGGGACGUAAGAGAGGUGGUGGGAUCCGCUUUGGUGAAAUGGAGCGAGAUGCCAUCAUUGCUCAUGGCGCUUCCUUCAUCCUACAGGACCGUCUCAACAACUGCUCCGACUACGAUCAGUCCUUUAUUUGCAAAACGUGCGGUUCUAUUUUGUCAAUCCUGCAGGUUUCAUCGGUUGAAGGAGCUGAUGAGGCACAAACACGCUGCUUGAACUGCGCAAAGGAGGUGACGCAGGUGCGUAAUGGCGAGGAUGUCUGGGAGCUGAAUGACCGGCGAUUUACAGGCGGCGGCAAUACAGCGAAGGUGGCGAUACCCUUUGUCUUUAGAUAUCUCUCGGCUGAGCUGGCUGCGAUGAAUAUCCGGCUCAGCUUGAAGACUGCGUAG